AUGUUGUCGACUGCCGUUGCUCGUCCGCUGCAGCUCAUCACUCGCGUGAUGCAGUGGUCCAGCGCGGUCAUCGUGAUGGGCAUCACCUCCUACUUCAUCCACCUUGGUCCUCGCGGCCAGCAUCUUAUCUACCAGGAAGUCAUCUCCACGCUGUCGGUUGCCUUCUUCCUACCGGCCUUCAUCUCCCCGUUCAUGCCCACGGCCCUGAGCAAAUUCGUCCUUGGUAUCGACGUCAUCUUCUCAUACCUCUGGCUCACGGCCUUCAUCUUCGCCGCGCAAGACUACAACGAGCAGAAUUGCUACUUCAACGCGCCCCCGUUCGUCGACUGCAGCAAGAAAAAGGCCAACGAGGCUUUCAUCUUCCUGGCAUUCUUCUUCACCUUCGCCGGGAUGUUCCUCGAGAUCGCCUCCCUUUCGGCGUACCGUCGCGAGAAUGCGCCCGUGCGCGAGAAGAAUGUCCACGGCGCUGCGCCUGCCACUACUACUACGGCGGUCUAG